AUGGAAGGGGAAUCUUACCACAAUACAACCACUGUCAAUGGCACCCCGGUAAGUCACCAGCCUUUGGAACGCCAUGGGCUGUGGGAAGUCAUCACCAUUGCAGCCGUGACUGCCGUGGUAAGCCUGGUUACCAUUGUGGGCAACGUGUUAGUCAUGAUUUCCUUCAAAGUCAAUAGUCAGCUGAAGACCGUUAACAACUACUACUUGCUCAGCUUAGCCUGUGCAGAUCUCAUCAUUGGGGUCUUCUCCAUGAACCUCUACACUACCUACAUCCUCAUGGGGCGCUGGGUCCUCGGGAGUCUGGCUUGCGACCUCUGGCUCGCCCUGGACUACGUGGCUAGCAAUGCUUCCGUCAUGAACCUUCUGGUGAUCAGUUUUGACCGUUACUUUUCUAUCACAAGACCUCUGACGUAUCGGGCCAAGCGUACCCCAAAAAGGGCUGGCAUCAUGAUUGGCCUGGCCUGGCUGAUCUCCUUCAUCCUCUGGGCCCCAGCAAUCCUCUGCUGGCAGUACCUGGUUGGGGAGCGGACGGUGCCACCAGACGAGUGCCAGAUCCAGUUCCUGUCCGAGCCCACCAUCACUUUCGGCACUGCCAUUGCUGCCUUCUACAUCCCCGUUUCCGUCAUGACGACCCUCUACUGCCGAAUCUACCGGGAGACGGGGAAGCGGACCAAGGACCUGGCUGACCUCCAGGGCUCUGACUCCAUGGCCCAAGUGCAGCCAAGAAAGCCGGCUCAUCGGGCUCUGCUGACAUCCUGCUUUAGCUGCCCUCGACCCACACUGGCCCAGAGGGAAAGGAAUCAAGCAUCCUGGUCGUCCUCCCGCAGGAGCACCUCCACCCCUGGGAAGCCAUCCCAAGCCACUGGCCCAAGCACCGAGUGGGCCCAAGCCGAGCAGCUCACUACCUGUAGCAGCUACCCUUCUUCAGAGGAUGAGGACAAGCCUGCCACUGACCCUGUCUUCCAAGUCGUCUACAAGAGUGAGGCCAAGGAAAGCCCAAGGGAAGAAUUCAGUGCCGAAGAGACCAAGGAAACGUUUGUGAACGCUCAAGCUGAAAAAAAUGACUAUGCCACCCCAAAAUACUUCUUGUCCCCAAGUGCUGCUCAUAGACCCAAGAGUCAGAAAUGUGUGGCCUAUAAGUUCCGAUUGGUGGUAAAAGCUGAUGGGACCCAGGAGACUAACAAUGGCUGUCGCAAGGUAAAAAUCAUGCGCUGCUCCUUCCCAGUGUCCAAGGACCCUUCAACGAAAGGCCUGGAUCCUAACUUCAGCCAUCAAAUGACCAAACGAAAGAGAAUGGUCCUUGUCAAGGAAAGGAAAGCAGCCCAGACCUUGAGUGCCAUUCUCUUGGCUUUCAUCAUCACCUGGACCCCUUAUAACAUCAUGGUCCUGGUUUCCACCUUCUGUGACAAGUGUGUCCCUGUCACCCUGUGGCACUUGGGCUACUGGUUGUGCUAUGUCAACAGCACCGUCAACCCCAUUUGCUAUGCCCUCUGCAACAGAACCUUCAGGAAGACUUUUAAGAUGCUGCUUCUUUGCCGAUGGAAAAAGAAAAAAGUAGAAGAGAAGUUGUACUGGCAGGGGAACAGCAAACUCCCUUGA